AAAAGGCUCCGGUCGGUCGGAGUGUGUGUGUGUGUGUGAGAGAGAGAGAGAGUGUGUGUGGUGCAGUCAGCAUGAGGAGCGCGAGGACACUGCAGCAGCUCGCGCUGUCAGUCAACAGACGUCAUCAUCAUCAUCAUCAUCAUCAGGAGCGGUCAGCCGGGAUCAUCGGAGCACCUUUCUCCAAGGGACAGCCUCGGGGCGGAGUGGAGAGUGGACCGGACCUGAUCCGAGCUGCGGGACUGCUGCAGAGACUGCAGGAGCAAGGCUGUGCAGUGAAGGAUUAUGGGAAUCUGACAUUUGAGGAAGUGGCGGACGACGAGCCGGUGGGUCAGGUGAAGCGUGUGCGAGCGGUGGGCGGAGCCAACCAGAGGCUGUCGGAGGCGGUGCGGGCCGUGAAGAAGGACGGUCACACGUCAGUGAUGCUGGGAGGAGACCACAGUUUGGCCAUCGGCUCCAUCCACGGUCACUCUGCGGCGGUCGGCGAGCUGAGCGUCGUUUGGGUCGACGCCCACGCAGACAUCAACACGCCGCUGACGUCAUCCACCGGAAACAUCCACGGACAGCCCAUGUCUUACCUGCUCCACGAGCUGCACGCAAAGGUUCCCGUCCUGCCCAACUUCUCGUGGAUCAAACCGUGUGUGUCGGCCAAAGAUCUGGUCUACAUCGGUCUGAGGGACGUGGACCCCGGAGAGCACUACAUCCUGAAGCUGCUGGGCGUGAAGGUGUUCUCCAUGUCAGAGGUGGAUAAACUGGGUGUGGCCAGAGUCAUGGAGGAGACCUGCGACUACCUGUCCGCCAGAGUGAAGAAACCGAUCCACCUGAGCUACGACAUCGAUGCCAUCGACCCCUCUGUUACCCCGGCAACAGGAACACCUGUGGUAGGAGGACUCACCUACAGAGAGGGCGUCUACAUCACUGAACACCUGUGUCAAACAGGACUCCUGUCAGGAGUGGACCUGGUGGAGGUGAAUCCUCUGAGGGGUCAGACCGAACAGGACGUCCGGUCCACAGUCAGCACGGCGGUCGACCUGCUGCUCGGCUGCUUCGGACGCCGCCGCGAGGGAAACCACCCAACGGACUACCUCCUGCCUGAGCCUUAACGAGGGCCAGACACCUGAUCACCUCUGAUCACCUCCCAUCACCUCUCAUCACCCACAGCAAUCAGACAAUCAGAAUUUAACUUACAAAUCACAACGGUGACUUUAGAUUUUAAACUUUGAAUACAGUGAUUUUUGUCAUUAAAAAGAAAUCCAAGUUUAUAUCAACUUUAACGUCUGUCUGGGUAAUAUUUUAUGAAAUGAUAAGAAAACAUUUGUCUGUGUUACAACCCCGUCAGUGGGAAGUGUGUCUGCUGUGGAGGCGUCACAUCUGAGCACAUGAAGACAUCAGACCACA